GCGAUACUAGCGCCAGACCAGACGCCAAUCUCAAAUCUCUGUCCGUGCUAAUUCUUUGCUAGUCACUUUAGCGAUUUAAAUAAUUUUUACACCACUUUUUAUAUUUUCUUUCAAAAUGAAUAUCAAUUGGAAGAAUGCAAGCAUAGAAACACGAUCUAAAAUGGUUGACGAGAUGCGGAAGAAAAGAUUUGCAGUUCAAGUGCCAGCCAGUCUUAAGGAUUUAUGUGUUCGUUUUGCUAUCAAAAACUGCAGCAGCUACCUCGGACGAUCUGUAAAUUCCUUCGCAAAUCUACCCAAUACCUUGAUCAAAGAAUUCUUCAAUGCCAUCUUUGAAACCAAUUGCAGUCUUAUGAUUCCUCGUCACAUCUUGUUUGGAUUUGUGCGUCUGCUUCUCAACCCCAAUCUCAUUGAGUUUGAAGCAGUGCAACACCUCUCGCACUCUCAAUACGCCAGCUUAUUUGAUCAUAUCAUCAACAACUGCCCAAACGUAACUGAAAUCUUAAGACGCCAUUACUGCUUGACCUGUGAAACCGAUGAGCUUUCCGAGCUUUCCGAGCUUUCCUUGGAGACCAUUACGAAGUUGAAAAAAAUCAAGCGGAUUGACUUUGGCAGCUACCCCUUACAAGAUGAACACUUCCGUCUGCUAGUCGAUCACGCACCAAAUCUAGGGAGCCUCUUCGUCCUCGUUUCUGAUAGUUUUACCAUGGAAGGCGUUACGUAUUUGUCCAAAAUGACGAGCUUAAGAGAUUUGACAAUACAUUUUCCCUCUGAUAUGGGAGCAAGAAUUCUGACGGUAGAGAGGGAGACGUUGUUGCUUGAACUGAAAGUUGAAUGUGCUGGGAGAAUCCCUAACCUCCAAAGAUUUUUUGUCCAUGGUAUGGAUAACAACUUUUAUAGAAUGUUUGCAGAGCGAUACCCUAAUAAGCGACUGACUCUAACUGAACUGAGUUUGGGACCUAACUGUGAUACCGUCUGGCCAGCAAACCUCACCGUACAUUUACUGCAAAUCAAUUGUGGCUUUGGUCCAGAUGAUUUUGCAAGAGUAUGCUCCAUUUCGUGUCCGAUCCAAGAACUGACAUUUGACUCAGUUCCUUAUGACCAAGUCCACUCAAUCUUGAACCAAAUUGGAGCUAACGUUCGCAGUCUGUUUUUCAUGGACUCCGACAGGUUAGGACUUGAACUAGGAUACCUAAACUUAGUCACGGUUAUCAAGGCUUGCCCCAAUUUGGAUAGUCUUAAUUUUGAAGAUGAAAGCCUUAUUAUUGAAUUGGAUCAGAAUGAUGACGUUGACACACUGCCAAUUGAGAACUUCAAAGCGUGGAAAGACUUCCGGAUUGAAGAUCCUCGAGACAAUUUUCCAGGUGAAAAUAUUGAUGAAAACUACAACCAAGUGGACAAGAUUUUCAAGAUGUACCUGCUGGGAAGUGAGGACCGCAGUAAAAAUCUGUUCUUGUGUAAUCCCACCCAGAUCAAAGUUGUAAAAGAGGUUUUGAAAGACUUCCCAUCUCGCCUCAAAGACACAGAAAAGCUUUAUUUUGCAACUGACAUGUGGCGAACUGAGUUUUUGGAGUCUGCCCUUGAUGUUGCGAAACAGAUGAUUUUCUGCUCCCCGUUUCUGACGAAGAUAAAAUUGUACUCGUACCAAUGGGACCCUGUUGAGGAAAAAAUUUAUAGUGAACACAGUUGGUUUCCUGAACUGACGCAGGCCAUUGGCAUCCCAUUUGUAUGUCUUGUGUUUGGGGAGGAGGACUCUUCUGUGGAAUACAAUGGAUCGAAAGGUGAUGGCACAGAUUAUACUAGUGAUGGAGAUAACGAUGAAAUGGAACUUGGUGAUGAAGUGUUAGAGACUGAUGAUGAAGGCAACAAUAAUAUGGAAGAGGAGGAUUAAUUCAUAACGUGUUUUGUUAUGAUUCAAAUUACUUAAGUAUUUGCCUAAAUAUUAAUGCAUGUGAGGCUGAGCCUCAGGGUAAAGGCCUCUAAAUAUUAUUGCUGGCAGGUAGGUUUUGAAGUAUUUUUACAAUAAAACCAGAAAAGAUUUC